CGAGGAGGACGAUGACAUGGGCAUUCCGGAUGAGCAAACCAUCCUCGCCGCCAAGGCCAAGCGCGAGCGGCUUCGGCAGGCGCACCUGGCGCCCGACUACGUGCCUCUCGCGGGGCUGGGGCUGGGUAUGGGGCGGCUGCGGGGGGCGGGGGCGGCGGGCGGCGGGGGGCGAGGGGGCUCCGCGGGCCCUGCGGGGUCGGAGGGGCGGGCGGGCAGCGGCAGUGAGGACAGCGAGGAGGAGGCGGAAGAGAUGAUGCGCAUCCGGUUCAGCGGCAAGGAGGGAGUGAGGCCACGCAAGGACAUGUCGCAGUACGCCCGCUCGCUGGGAGGCGGCGCCGGCGAGGGCGGCGGGGAGGAGGAGGAGGACGCCUUUGCGGAGGAGCAGCUGCGGAAGGCGCUGCGGUUGCAACAGGUGGGCGGAGCGGGCACCGCACCCGCUACUGUCCCCGCCACCGCCGCCGCCGCCGCCACCUCAGCUCCCUUCGCAUACCAGCAACAGCAACAACAGCAGCAGCUACGACAGGAACAGGUACUCGGACAAGCAGCUGCGGCGGCUAUGGGUGGCGUCGCCGGCACCAGCGGCUACCUACGCCCCGGCUCCUCCUCCGCCGCCGCAGUCAUCGCCGGCGGCGCCGCCGCCGCAACCGCCAUGCCGUACACUGGCGGCGCACUGGGCAUGGCGAGCGGCGGCAGCCGACUGGCGGCCAUUACGUCAGCGGGCGAGGCGGCGGUGGCGUCACUGGCGGAGGGGUUACGUCGGCUGCAGGCCUCUCACAAGCAGGUGUCUGCGGGGGCUCGGCGCGCAGGGGAGAACCUGGUUGCGGCGCUGGGUCGUGUGGAGGGCCUGGAGUCGGAGCUGCGGAGUGCAGGUGACAAGUACGUGUACAUGCAGCGGCUGCGGAGCUACGUGGCGGACCUGUGCGACUGCCUGCAGGUGAAGAGUGCGAUCGUGGAGGAGCUGGAGGACAGCAGACUUGAGCUCAUGGAGGACCGCGCCACCGCAUCCCGCACCGCCGCCGCCAACGCGGAACGAGACCUGCUGGCCCCGGCGGAGGCGGCGGUGGCGGCUGCCAUGGCGGCUCUGGGGCGGGGGGCGGGCGCCGCCGCCGCCACGCAGGCAGCGGAGGCGGCGGCGGAGGAGGCGGAGGAGCGGCUGCUGGAUGAGGAGGGGCCGGAGGAGGUGGACGAGUUCGGGAGGAACGUGAACUUGCAGCGGAGGAGGGAGCUGCAGGAGAGGGCGAGGGCCCGCAAGCGGCUGCUGGCGGCGGAGGGCGAGCGGCUGGCUGCAGCACUAGCGGGGACAGCCGCGGUGCUGCCGCUGGUGUCGGAGGGGGAGGCGGGGGAGGAGCAGUCCUCCCGCUACGCCCAGCGCUACCGCGAGCUGCGUGAGGCGGCCGCCACCGUGUUCGCGGACACGGACGAGGAGUUCGCGAGCAUAGGGGCGGUGAAGAGGCGGCUGGAGGAGUGGAAGGCCAGGUACCCCAAGGACUACACGCAGGCCUACAUGCACCUCUCCACUCCCGCCCUCUUCGCGCCCUUCGUGCGGCUGCAGCUGUUGCAGUGGGACCCGCUGUACGGGGGAGGAGGAGCAGGCGGGCAGCAGGAGCAGGGGGAGCAGGGCGGCGAGGGAGGCAGUGGUGGUGGCGCUGGUGCGGAGGCUGCUGCCGCUGCGGUGCCUUACCGGGGCUUUGACAGUCAGCAGUGGUACGGCGAGCUCUUCGAGUACGGCAUGAACGUGACAGCCGCCGACGGCAGUGGGGUGGGUGGCGGUGAAGACGACCCGGAUGCGGACCUGGUUCCCCAGCUGGUGCGGAAGCUGGUGCUGCCCCUGGCGCUGCAUUGGGUGGAGAGGUGCUGGGACGUACGCAACGUGGCCCACACCCGCACCGUCGCUGCCCUGGCCGCCGAGCUGCUGGUCUACCUGCCCGCGGAGGAACCCCGCAUGGCCGACCUCCUCACCGGCCUGCGCUCCUCCCUGGAGGCAGCGGUGGAGGCGUGCGCCCUGCCGCCCUGGCCACCCGCGGUGCUAGCAUGCUCGCCGCGCGCCGCACACACCCUCUUCCACCGCUUCCGACUAGCGCUGCGGGUGCUGCACUGCGUGAGUGCGUUCGAGGGGCUGCUGUCGCGGGGGCUGCUGACGGGGCUGGCGGUUGGGCGGUUGGUGUGCGGGCAGUUGAUG